UGAGCAUGUCAUGGGUGUAUAUUACAGAUGCAUUAAGGAAACAGCCGUGUUUUCGUUCAAGUGAGUCGUGAAGUGAGUGGAUGUGAAGCCAGAAGCUGAUUACAUAAGCCGGGAGAGGCAUGGCCAUCGGCAGGAAUACAUUCUAACUUCUAAACAACAACAACAACGAAAAGCGAUGGAUGGAUUCCAAGUCAGACUCCAACUAGUCUCGAUCCUCCGGAAACUAAGCUCAUCGCAAAACUCGAUCCAAACGACCAUCCGAUUCCUGCUCAAACAUAAGGACAAGUACGGCGAAGAUCUCUGGGAUUGUUUGAUCGAAGAAGCCGAGAAGGUGAAUCUGAAUGCGAGGAUCAACAUCCUAUACUUGAUCGAUGGCCUGCUGUUUACAUCGUCGACGGCGCUCCUGACGAGUCACCAAGACUACCAAUACCAGAAGGGCCGAACGCACGCCAUCGGAGGGCCAUCGAUCACUCCCCAAAACCCCUCGGGCGGCUUCAACUACGGCUAUCUGAUCAAGAAGGAUAUCAUCCGAUUCGUCGAGAUCGUCGUGCCCACUAGCUUCAAUAAAAAGGGCCUCCUCAACCUCAUGAGCACGCUCCAAGUCAUCAAGAAUUGGAAGUCUCAGGUCUCGCUCAUCGACCAGUUCUUGAACAUCGAGCUCCUCGAACAAAUCGAUCUCCUCUUGAACAAUCGCAAACAAGUGUUGGGGAAGGCGGAUGUGGAUCAUAAUGGCUCAGAUAACGAGCUUGAGGCGUUUUCAAAGAAGGAGAUCCUAGAUCGAAUCGAUGAUGAUAGAGAACGACACAAGCGGCUUCGCGAGCGAAUCUGGGUGCUCCCGAUCCCCUCGAUCGCGACUCUGUCGCCGAAGCCGACGCCGAAUGCGCAUCCGGCGACGACCUACACCUACCAUCGCUCGGCGACGCUCCUGCACACCUCGUUGUUGUCCGCCGGCACAGGCGCCGAUCGACCCGUCGGCCCGCACAUCGAAUCCGACCUCACUAUCUCCCUCGAAUGCGACCAGUUACUCCAGGCUAAUCUCGAGGAUACCGGGCCCGAUGGGAUCGAAGAAGCCGAUCGGAUCGCUAUCAAAUUCGAUAACUCGCGCUGCUUCGGCUCUCCGCCACAUACUCGACCUCUUCAUGAUCAAUUCGCCGAGGUUUAAAGCGUUUGUAAUACUUAAUCUAGAUCCUGUCCGUUUUAUUGCUUCAAGAAACCGACAACUGGGCCCCGAUCACAAAACAAAGAAGGGGAAUCCUUCUCGCCCACCUAAUUUGCUUCUUCCCAUCUGUAUCACACCAUUCGUCUACCUUAAUUUAUUUUUUGUCAACUCGUUUUUGGGCCUGUGAUAGAUAUGCCAUUGUGAUAACCAGACGUAUAUAUGUCUUGAGGUGUCUAAUAAUCCAACAAGUCUGGUCCAAUGACGAAUGAUUACCCUCUUCGCUUGCAACUCUGCACGUGCAUCUACUUCUUAGGUGAUCAGAGGUCUGGUGAGCAAGGAAGAAGGAAAUUCUCUUCGACUUCGAGCAAGCAAGAACGGUGGAGUUCACCGUCUCCAUCCUCGUCGCUCGUGGCUCUUGUGGAUCGAUUAUCGCGCAUUCGACGCGCUUUCCUUCCUAUGAUUCUUGGCUCUUUUUUCUAUGUCAUCGUUGGAGAUAAUGAUACAAACAUGUAUGGUUAUCUUGUUUGUUCUCGUAUGCCUUUUACCAAAUCCCUUGUCGCUCCUAGUCUACAUGAUGGACCCAAUUGAAUUGGGCAUUCCAU